CAGCAGUACACGGUACAGUCGUACUGAUUCCGACCACGAGAGACCUGCAUGAUGGACCAUUUGGAUUGUCUUGGAGUCAGUGUCUUCCAUUUGAAGAAUGUGUUUCUCGAGCAAGAGGUUGGUGAGUCAACAGGAAGGACUUUUUCUAGAUCCUCCAAAAUCUAUGAAAUUGAAAAUCUAAAAGGUCCUCCUGGGGUCAUCCGAAGCAAAGGAGCCAACACUGUUUGCCCUUCUGAUGGGAAAUUGGGAGCUGCAUAUGUUCAUUGUCUACAAGGAGAGGACCAUGUUGGAGAGGCAACUCAUAUGCUCAGCUAUUCCUAGAAUUAUGCUGUUGGAGAUAUUGUGGAUACACUUUCUGAUUUUUGCCACCAACACAAACUAGAUCCGAAGAGAACGUAUAUCUGGAUUUGCUGCCUCUGCGUCAAUCAACACAGGGUAGUGGAAAAAUCCAAUUCUGGUGUCCUGGUCUCUACUGAUGAAUUUUUCUCCAUCUUUGGAGACCAAGUCAAAAGGAUUGGGCAUCUGUUGGCAAUGAUGGCUCCGUGGAAUGCGCCAGUGUUUAUCACUCGUGUCUGGUGCAUUUUUGAAAUCUUUACCGCCCACACAACAGAUGCCUGCAAGGUGGAUAUUGUCAUGCCACCCAAGGAAAAGCGAUCCUUAGAGCUGGAAGUCAUCAAUGAUGAUGGAGGUAUCAAUGCUCUCUACAAGACACUUGCCAAAACCAAAGUGGAAAAUGCCAACGCAUCCGUCGAGAGUGACAGGCUGGCUAUCCUGGACUGGGUAGAGUCAGAUGUUGGGUGUUCCACACUGAACCAUCAAGUAAAUGACUUGUUGCGACAAUGGAUGCUGGCUGUCCUUACAGAGUUGGUGGAGACCAGAGAAAACACAAAUGAUGAGGACUAUGCAGACUUUUGUAACCAAGUUGGGGUUAUCUUAAAGACAAAUGGAGAAUACGGUGCAGCCAUGAAACUGCACCAGACUGCUCGGACAAUUUGUGAAACUGUGUUGGGCAAGGAUCAUAAAGAAACAGCAACCACCUACAGCAACAUUGGUUCUGUAUUGUUUGAGCUGGGUGACUAUGAAGGUGCUUUAUCAAAGUAUGAGGAAGCUCUUGCCAUACGAUUUUCGGCAUUCGGCAAGAAUCAUCCCUCAGUGGCAACCUCUUACGGCAAUAUAGGUUGUGCCCUGCUAGGAAUCGGUGACUACGAUGGUGCUUUGUCAAAGCACAAGGAAUGUUUUGCCAUUCAAUUGUCAGCAUUGGGCAGGAAUCAUCCUGAUGUAGCAGACACCUACGGCAGCAUUGGAUCUGUACUGGAAAGUAUGGGUGACAACAAAGGUGCUCUGUCAAAAUAUGAGGAAGCGCUUUCCAUUUAUUUGUCAGUAUUGGGCGAGGAUCAUCCUGGUGUGGCGGACAUCUACUGCAGCAUUGGAUCUGUGCUGGAAAGUAUGGGUGACUGCGAUGGUGCUUUUGCAAAGCACAAGGAAGCUCUUGCUAUUAGACUGUCAUCAUUGGGCAAAAAUCAUCCUGAUGUGGCAGAAACAUACGGCUACAUUGGUUCUGUGCUGGAAAAGAUGGGUGACUAUGAAGGUGCCUUGGCAAAGCACAAGAAGGCUCUUGUCAUUAGUUUGUCAGCAUUGGGCAAGAAUCAUCCCUUCGUGGCGGACACCUACUUGAGCAUUGGAUCUGUGCUGGAAAGUAUGGGUGACUGUGAUGGUGCUUUUGCAAAGUACGAGAAAUGCCUUGCCAUUGAACUGUCAGCAUUAGGCAAGAAUCAUCCUGAUGUGGCAGAAACCUACCGCUACAUUGGUUCUGUGCUGGAAAAGAUGGGUGACUAUGAAGAUGCUAUGGCAAAGCACAAGGAAGCUCUUGCCAUUAGAAUGUCAGCAUUGGGAAAGGACCAUUCUGAUGUGGCUAAAACCUACAAUAGCAUUGGGGUUGCUCAAAAGAAAAUGUCAACCCCAAAAGACACAGCAACCCAACCCAACCGCAAACUUAGGACACGCCUCGGCUCGAGAAGAAGAAGCAUCAAGGCCGUAGGUGAAGGUUGCAUUGGUAAUACCAGUACAAUCUGUACAUGAAGAGGUACUAAAAUCCAAUUCAGAGUUUGAAUUCGAUUUUGAUUCGAAAAGAAUCGAACCCAUCAGUCCCGUACCGUUAACCCUAAAAGCAUCAGCCCCGAAGGGGCAAACACACCACACAAAACAAAGUAUGAGGGGGGUUUUAGAGUGGGUAGAUUAUCUACGUAAGCCAGCCGGGGCCAGGCUUAAGCAAAGAAGAGUCGAAAUUCAGGACUAUGGUCCGUGGGAUCUGGGGCGAGAAAUUGAGGACACAAAAACAGGCUGAAGCUACUGCUGUUCUCCAACGGCUCUCCCAGCUUUUGGCUCACAAGUGGUCCAAGCCCUACUCUGGUCCGCUCCUUCGUUUCUGCCAGGUUGAGCAUUGCUCUCGCCCGGGCUGCCACGAUGUGCCUCAGAGACAGUCGUGUCCCAGCUCUCAAGCUUUCGAAGCGUUGGGAUGACCGAGGCGCUCUUGAUCUCUUCCGCUAGUCUUCCUCCCUUGACCCCCCCUGCCCUCCUCCCGUGCCCCCACUCCUUCCUUGGUCUUGAUGUUGCCCUGCUUGUGCACUCAAUUGCUCGGCUUGCGUUCCUGCAUCCUGCUCCUCGCCCUGCACCCCUUCCUCACCCUAGUUCCCUCUAAGCCAUAGUAACCACUCUAUUAUAUAAAAACAGGUGGACAAGA